AUGCGGCCCCGAAUAUUUGCCUUGCUUAUUGGCAUUGCCGUUGCGCUUCCAAUAGCCGAGAAAAAUGGAAACAAUAAAGCUAUCGAAUUGACGGUCGAUUUAAAUGGUGAUGGGGAAAUGAGCUUAUCGGAAGUCCAAUACGCUGCAUUUGUACAUCACGGACUUGGUGGAACUGUCGUUGAAGACCUGUUUAAGCAGGCAGAUAGAAACCAGAAUAAAUUUCUGGAUGCUGAGGAAUUCAAUUCUAUAAAGCCAUUGGUGUUGGCAAAAGCGGAAAACGCAGCUGCACAUUAUAUGCAGAACGUCGAUACCGACCGUAAUUCGAUGUUAUCUUUAAAGGAAGCACAAGCCUAUAUUUUGAAGGAGUACGGUAUUGGGGCUAGAGAUGUGGAGAGGGUAUGGAAAAUGGUGGAAACGGAUCCGGAGGCUGAAAUGGCUGCUGCGACAUUUUCGAAGUUGCGUCGUCGAAUUCGUGGGAUGAGUAUCCGGCUGGCACGUCAGGUCAUGAAGACGGCGGAUUUGAAUAGUGAUGGCCAUAUCUCUAGGGAAGAAGCGCAAGCUAUCGCUUUUGAACAGGAAGGGAUCGGAGCCGGCGAUGUAAACCAAAUCUUCAUGUCUGUUGAUGAUAAUGGAGAUAACGAGCUGAACGCACCGGAAUUCGCCGAUUUUGAGAGAAUCGUCCGAGCAAGAGCUGUUGGAACCAGCGAGAAAGCUUUAAAGCUAAUGGACGUUGACAACACAGGAACUAUCACCCUAAAUGAAGCCCGACAAAUUGCAUUUGAACAUUAUGGAUUUGGUGAUAAAUUGCUGUCCCAAUUCUUUGCGCAAGCCGACGAAAACGAAGAUGGACAAUUGAAUGCCGUGGAAUUUGCCGGAUUCCGAUCCGUGAUCCGGGCCAGGGCGGUUUUGAACGCGAUCGAGGCUUUAAAGGCAGCCGAUUUGGAUGGUGAUGGUUUUGUGUCCAGAUUGGAAGCUGAGGAGAAAACACAUCGUGAAGAUGACUUAGAACCAUCAGUUACAAAUUCGCUAUUUACAAUUGCUGAUCAGAACAAAUCUGGAAAACUUGACAAAGUUGAGCUUGCCGAUUUCCUUAGACUGGCCAGACUUUCGGCCAUCAAAUUUGCGGCUGAUCAUUUCAAGGAAUUCGACAACAAUCAAGAUGCCCAGGUUACGAUCGAUGAACUAUCUGAUUUGAUUACAGCUAAAUACAGUCUACCCCCAGAAGUUUCCGCAACCAUUUUCCAAAAGGUCGACGUUGAUGGGGAUCAUUCGUUGACACCAGCGGAAAUUGUCGAUUUUAGGCAUGAGGUCCGCGAAUACGUUUCGAAACGACCUGAUUCCUCCAUCCCGGAAGAACAAAAUAUCUUAAUCACAACGACGUCAAGACCAGAAGUCGACAAACAGGAGAGAGUCAGCACUGAUGAAAUCACAUCUACCACCACUACUACAACCACCAAUAAAUCGACAGCAAGCUCGACAACGACGGUUGAACCGGAGAAAAUUCUGAUGGAUGAGACACAAAAUGAAAUUGUUCCCGAAGUUGAACCGGCUGGGGGAUUUAUCGAAGAUAUGGAACCGACGGAACCAUUAGAAAAACCAAUUGAACCUGUUGAAACUACGAGCCCUAUUAUGACUACAACCACGGUUUUGAUCACCACCACCACUACCACGCCAACAACCACUACAGAGCAUCCCAAACCAACAACCACCAGGAAAAGACCGACCGCUGGAAAACCAUCAACAUCAAAAACCUCGAAAGCUCCGAAUUCCGACAGUGGUAGCGAAAUGGAAGAAAUUGUCGAGUACGUUGAUGCUAAUGACGAUGGACCCGCGGAGGAAACGAUUGAAUAUGUGGAAGAAGUGGCAGAUCCAAAGGACACUAAAGGUGUGCAGGUCCAGACUGACGAUUCUGUGAUGGAGGUCGUGAAAGAGGAUGUGGAAGUGAAU